AGUAAUACAAUCAUGCUGGUGCUUGUAGUCACUGUUUCUGUUGCCAAUGUGUUUUUUGCUGCUGGAGUCUCUUGCUUCCCCCUAAUGGACCAGGGACCAUACCUGGACCAUGGCUGGGACCAGGUCGUGCGCUUGAGGCACUUGUAUGCUACGAGGCCAGGACUGCACCUACUGAUCAGUGCAGAUGGACAGAUCCAUGGCUCCGCAGACCAAACAGUGCACAGUCUGCUGGAGAUCCGACCUGUCGAUCCAGGCUGUGUUGCCAUCAGAGGAGUAGCAACUUCAAGAUUUCUCUGCAUAGAGGGCGAUGGAAGACUCUACUCAUCGCACAUCUACAGCAGAGACGACUGCGCCUUCAGAGAGAAGAUCUUACCAGACGGGUACAACGUCUACACCUCUGACAAACACGGAGCCUUGCUCAGUCUGGGAAACCAGCGACAAAGGCUGCAGGGCAGAGACCGUGGUGUCCCGACCUUGGCUCAGUUCCUCCCGAGGAUCAGCACCCUGGCUCAGGACUCCGCCCCCGGACGGGACCUCCAUGAGCAGAGUGCAGCACAGACAGAGGAACCCGUGGACACAAUGGAUUCUUUUGGAAAGCUCUCUCAGAUCAUUCAUAGUCCCAGCUUCCACAAAAGAUGAAAGAGCAGGUCAGAGACACCUGGAAACCACCGUGUCCUCAGACGUUCUGAGCACCGAGCACUCCGCCCUGGACGUCGCACAACCAGGGACUCACAGCAUUUAGAGCCGACCUGCUCCUGUGGAAGUGAAUCAGCUGUGAAACCUGACUGAACACGAGCACACAGUCUGACAGAGUGAACGCUGACAUCUCCUCUGUUUUUAUACAAAUUCUACAACUAAACAUCCAUUGUUUGAGGUCAGACGACCUUUGUUUGAUAAAUCUUGGUGAACCUUAGUUAUAGUUUCACAGACUUUUAUAACAUCACCAGACUUUCUCCUUCAUUUCCAUUUCCAUUUCGACACCAACAGAGGUCACUGCCACACGUUGUUUAGGCUGAAAAGACCUCAGACGAUGAACUGAGACUGUAGAUGUUUUGCCUCUUUGCAUUUUAAACGCGGGCAUUUUUAGACUUGCUGCUCAGAGCGGUGACGAGUGUCUGAGUGAAGGGAGGCAGUGAGGAAAAGAAGAGCAGAAGCGUUGUAUUUAUUAAGUUAUUUAAAUAGCCAACAGUAGAACUGUAAAUACCUUGUAUGUAUGUUAUUGCUCAUCUGUA